AUGGCGUCGACAUCACAGCCACAAGACCAGACCCCAACUGCACCUGCACCCGUCCGUCGCGUGUCCGCCCUCGAAGUCGACGAUGAGUCCCCUUCCCCCUCUCCUGUAAAGCCCACCGCACAGCGCUCCGCUCUAGGCGUCGGCCUCUCCUCCGGCAUCUCUUCUCACCUCGGCACCCCCAUCAACAAGAUGGCCCAGUCCCGCUUCUCGUCGUACCGGCCAUCCAUGUCGUCCCUCCGCAGCGGACGCAUCGUGUCGCGCCGGGUAUCGCGCGCGGUCGACGGCGAGGAUGAGGACGGCGUCAAACUGCCCAGUCUCGUCCCCGGCAUUCGCGCCGCGUACUCGACCCCGCUCCCAAUGCUCCCCAUGGUCGUCCUCUGCAUUGCCAUGCUGUCCGAGCUUCUGUCCGCAAACCUGUCUCAGCCUUUCAUGCUUAAGAUGGUGGAAGCGGGGAAGCAGAAAAGUAGCGAGAUGGAGGCCGCAGUCGGUCUCUGGACUGGUGAGCUCAACCAACGAGAUAAUUUCUUCACCUCGCUGCUGUGGAGCAGCAUCGCCGACCGCCAUGGUCGCCGUGCGGUCCUUGUCGCGAGCAUGACUCUCCCCGAGGCUAUCUGCGUUCGUCUCAUCCAGGGUAUCUUCGGCGGUGCUAUCGGAGUGUUCCGCGGCUCCAUUCGUGAUAUCACCGACGAGACCAAUGCUACCCGCGCCUACGCUAUCCUUGGCUUCUCCUGGGGCCUGGGAGGAAUCAUCGGCGGCGUCUUCGAAAAUCCCGCUCUGAACCACCCGGACAUGAUUAUUGGCAAGAUUGCACUCUUCCAGAAGAUGCCUUAUCUGCUCCCCACGCUGCUCGGUGGGACCGUCAUGUUCAUCGGCGCAUUCCUCGCAUGCUUCCUGUCUUGGGACGGAGGUGUCCGAGGAGGGUCCCGUAUCCAGCUGGAGGUGGAGAAGGACGAGCCGCUGAACACGGCCCGCCCUGACACCUUGUCUCCUUCAACCGCUACGCGCCCCUCCGCCGCUCCUGGCUCUUCGGCCAUCAGGAUCCAGCACCGCAGCUCGAUGCACACGCCGGCUGAGGAUCCUCAGACACCGUACGGCCGCUCGGCUCUCGGUCGGUCAGCCCUCGCUACAUCCGCCGGAAUGCACCGCGACAGCAUGGCGAGCCUCGGCACUGCGUACGGUUACGGUGGUAUCCGUUCCAAGCACCCAACUCUCGCUGCUCGCCGCGCCAUUGAGGCUGCUCGCCGUGCGUCUGGUGGAUCCGCCCUCGGUGAUGACGGUGAGGGCGGCCACGGCAAUCGCAACGUCAGCUUCGCUACGAAGCUCAUGCUCGCCAACGAGGACAAUAAUUUCAAUAUCAACGACCUCUGGCUUUCCGCUGCUGUCGCGCAGGACACUGCUGUCUUUGAUGACGAUGACGAGUACGAUGAGGACUACGAAGACGGCUCCGACGACGAGCACGACGGCGAACGGACGGCUAACCUCAUCGACAUUGACGACGCCGGCUCGUCUAUCGCGGCCGACGACGACGUUACACCCAGCCCGUCUGCUCCCUCGUCGCCUACUCGCGCCAGCAUCUCUCACGGGUCCACGCGCCGUUCGAGCCGCCUCCGCAUGACCAGCGGUGGCAGCGACUUCUCUCGCUACCUGCGUCGCCCCUCCUCCGCGUCUAGGAGACACAGCGUGUCUUCGCAGCACAUUCCCUCGAUCUUCUCCAACACUGGUGUCGCAUCCACGCCCGGCAUCUCGGCGUUCGAGGAGCCGCCCGAGGAGACCAACGAGGACUUAUUCUCGCCCACGGGUACUGUCCGCCGUGUUGGUGCUCCCUCAGGCCUUGCUGCCAUCAGCGAGGGCCGCCCCGACUCUGUCACGGCCCCCGCGCCCAGCAUCAACGAGAAGGAGCCGUCGCGCUGGGCGCAGCUUCCGCUGCUUGUCAUUGCACAGUACGGUCUGCUGUCGUGCCACGACUCGACGCACGGUCAGAUCUUCCUGUCCUUCAUCGUCACGCCGUACCAGUCCGGCGGAGUCGGUAUCAGCCCGGCGUCGUACUCGCUGCUCGUCGCGCUCAUGUGCAUCGGCCAGCUCAUCUACCAGUUCUACCUGUUCCCGCGCCUCGGCCCUCCCCUCGGCCGCUUCUCGCACCUGCAAAUGUUCCGUCUGGGCUCUGCGCUCUUCGUGCCAGGCUACAUGCUCGUGCCGCUGCUGCACCUGUUCGCGUCGCCGACCAAGGCGGACAACGGCAGCUUCUUCGUCAUGACGAUGAUGACGCUGAUCAGUGCGAUCCGUUACUGCGGCGGAACGUUCGCGUACACCUCGAUCAUGAUUCUCAUCAACGCGAUGAGCCCGCCGCACCUGAUUGGUCUCGCAAACGGACUCGCGCAGAGCACAGUCUCGUGUGCGCGGUUCUUCGGCCCCGCGCUCGGCGGCAUGAUUUGGAGCGCGAGCAUCAAUGGCAAUCCCGGCGGAUACCCGAAGGGCUUCUACGCGUGUACCGCGUUUGCGCUGUUCCAGGUCAUCGGGUCGUUCUUCAUCCGCUAA